CCUAAUGGCAGCUGCCAAAUAAAGCUUCCAUUUACACUGGAGCCGCCAUUGAACUGAGCUUCAAUUCAGUGCUACCUGCAAAAAGAAAGCAACUAUAAUCCAAUCACAAUUCCAAAAAAAGCUCAGCACCAAACAGAACGAACAAUUGAUGAGUGCGUCGACGAUUGUUUGUAAUAGCAAAAGAGCAGGUAUCUGAAACAAGUUGGGGGAAUCGAUUUUGGGUUCACAGCCUUCAAAAUUCCGCCUCCGUCGCCAUGUCUAGUUGAUUAUCAAUGGCGAACGCUAAGCCAUGGCGAAUCAUCCCAAGGCCGCUGCUGGAAACAGUGCUCAACAAUCACGUGCAGCACCACCGCGUCCCUCAGCCUCUCAUCCUUCAUGGCCCCCGUGGCGUCGGAAAAACCACCCUUAUACUUGAACGUCUAUUUGAGAAAUGGAAUACUGGCCCGCACGUUACUGGUUAUGUCGACUUUGCAGAAUCAAUAAAGGAAUACCAUCCAAAGCAUGGGCAGUCAUAUCCAUGGAUGUCAUGGACCAUGUGUCCGUCUCCUAAACUCGUUACACUAAAGACUCAGCUUGAGGACUGCCUUGAGUCAAUGGCCCAUCGGGCCAUAAAGCUUGGGACCAUUAGCUCCCACCAAAUAUUUACCACUCUUACCAAGUGGCACAGUCCAACCACGGCCCUUGACCAGAUUUUGAAUGUUAAUAAGGUCUCCAAAAUGCGUAUAGUUAAUAAAAAGAACAGGGUAUCCCCAUCAAAUUUGUGGGAGUCUGCAGUUUUUAAAUUUUCUUCUGCAUUAAGUGAGCAAGAGUUGGAUGGGGUUUUCGACAAGAGCAUUUCUGUGGAGGAGUCGUCAUAUUACAAGGAAGCCAUGGCAGCACUUAAGUUGGCUAAAGAGGUGAUUAGGGUUCAAGGAAAGUGGAGGGAAAAUGCCAUUCAAGAUUUGAACAGAAGGGGUGGAUUUUCGCGAUCCCUAGCACAUUCUGCUACUGAUUGGCCUUGUUUGUUGCUUGAGUUAUUGUCUUUAUCUGCAGAAGUGGAUUAUUUUCAGCCAAAGCUGGUGAUAAACAAUAUAGAGCUUCUGAAGAAUGCUGCUUUAGAGAAUGACAGAAUGAUAGAUGGAUCCACAUACCAUGACAGCCUGAUUUGGAGAAUAAUAGCUUUGGGUGCAAAUGAAAGGUGUCUUCCAGUUGUUUUUGUAACCUCUGAUGGAUACUACUCGUAUAGAGCUUUUAUUGAUUUUGGAUUUCCAGAUGUUUUCAUCUCCCGUGAGACAUUCGGAUGGUCUCCAGCAGAAGGAAAAUUGCAUAUGGUUGGAGAUUAUUUUAAUCAGUCUGAGUGGGAGGUGAUUAAUGAGGUACUGGGCCCAAAUUCCCGACAUCUAUUUGAGGUUUAUGCUCUCAAGCUCAGUAAUGAUUACCAAAAGUUGAACUUUGAGAAUACGUUUGAAGAUAUCAUGGACCUGUAUCUGGCAUACCUGCAAGUAAGCGUUGUUAAUCCUGCCAUGGAUAAAGCAUUAUUGAUCCUGGAAAAGUUCGCUGUCGAUGCACAAAAUGGGAAAAUCCCAGAGGAUACAUUACGAGUUGGUGCUCCUUGGAGGCAUCCCCCCAAAACAGAUAUUGCAGUGUGGGCUAAAAUUCAGCUAAUGGACUUCAUUCAGUCUCUAGUGAAUGCAGGAUUUGCGGUUAAUUACUUUGCUGACUGGAGCCUCGAGUUCUUGGAGGAUCCUGCUGCUGAUGCACUGCUACAGGUUGGUUUGUUGUACACCCAACGCGACCCGCCCUAUAUUCGCCCUGUCAGCCGUGGGAUUCAGAGGUGCCUCGUUAGAUGGCUUGUUCAAGAACGGCUAAAUCUGAGCUUAAAACAUUCCGUUCAGUUCCAGUGGCAGCGUGUUAUAAGAGGCCGUAGCUAUCGGCACUUGUUGAAACAAGUUGGAGUGAAAUAGUAGUGGCAACACAGCAGCAAUAGUUCGUCUCUUGAUUCAGAGCACUCUUCUAUCAUCAAAACUACACACAGUUGCACGAAACCUCGGUGCCCUCGUAGAUCAAGCGGAAGUGAAGAUCCAAUUUUUGUUACUGGAAUCAAACAGCAGAUUGAGAGUCAAUUCAAUCAAAUCAUUUUUUAAACUACAAAUUUUUGAAGCACAUAUACAUGGUGUUAAAAAUUUGUAUUAUGUGACCACAUUUUAGUUUUGAGGAUGUGAAACUGUGGUGGUUUAUAUUUGUACUUUAAUUAGGAUGUUUGAUUAAGAAGAAAUUAAAUAAAAGCUAGGCUGAUUAAAACCAUGAAACUCUGGUGGUUUAUGCUAGUAAUAUUUUUUCAUGAUUUAUCAGUA